AUGUCUUCUCUUUGCAAUAUUUUUGUUACUCUUGGACUCGUCGCCGUCGUGGCCGCUCAAUUCGGACUCAAUUCCGGCCUCGGACUGGGUGCAGGACCUAUCAAUGCUGGAGCCAGUGAGUUAUUGGAAUGUGUGAUUCAGCAGGAAACAAUCUAUUUCAGAUGUCGGAGGAGGAUACGGAGGACGUGGAUACGGAGGAAAUGGAUACGGUAACCAAGGAUAUUACGGAAACCAAGGAGCGUACGGAAACCAAGGAGCGUAUGGAAACCAAGGAGCGUAUGGAAACCAAGGGGGAUACGGAGGAAACGGAUAUGGAAACGGAGGAUACGGAGGAGGACGAGGAGCCUACGGAAACGUCGGACUGGGAGUGAACCCAGGAGUCGGAGGAGUUGUCGGAGGACUUCUCGGAUAA